AUGAUAUGUUCCGCUCAACAAAACUCGCCGAUCGAUAACUCGAGUCCCGAACAGUCUGUGACCACAAAACUCAUGCAUUUGGGUCCGGAGGGCAAGAGUAUGGGCUUCUCGGAGGCCAUCGACAUUCGGCAGCCGUUGACAAACGCCACAUCCAUCUCAUGCUAUGAAUGCAACUCUUAUGUCGAUCCCGACUGUAAAGACAAACCGCAGAAGUUUGAGAAAAACUGCACAAAUUCUUUCAAAGGGUCCGCUUAUAUCGGGUGCAGAAAAAUAGACCAAUGGGUCGACUAUAACGGAGGCGAUGGUCUCGAGAAGCAUCACCGGGUGAUCCGUCAGUGCGCGGCCGACGGAGACAUUUCCAAACCGUGCUAUUAUAGGGCCGGAUAUGGGGGUCGUAUCAACGCCUGCUUCUGUGAUUCAAAUCUCUGCAAUUCUGGGCACUUAUUAAACGCCUUUAACUUUCAGUUUCUUAAGAAAUCAAAGAGCAGUUCCAAAGACGCGUCAAAAGAGAAGAAAUCAGAAUCAGAUUCGUCAAAAUUGAAUGAAAAUACGAAACAAGAAAGUAAUGAAAAGAAGGAAAAGACUGAAAGUGAAGAUCUGAGAGAAAGACUAUCACACGAACAAUGGCUCAAAUACGGGGACUUCACUCUCACUCAAGCGGACAAAGCGGUGAUCACAGGGUUGGAUGACUGGCUGAAUGACACCAUCAUAAACAGUGCACAGGUUUUGCUGCAGAGACAGUACCCGUCGAUGAAGGGCUUGCAAAACGUUUUAUUGAAUGAAAUCCAAGAGUUUGUGGCCGUUGAAGGCGACGACCCGUUUGUGCAGAUUGUGAACGACUCGGGAGAGCAUUGGAUAGUGUUGUCAAAUGUGAGAUGUCCUCAAAGGAGCAAUCAGUGCAAACUCUAUGACAGCAAUUGUAUGACAACUCAUAGAUAUAGCCUAAACACUAAGAAUGCAAUCCUGAAACUGAUGCCAUCGAAACCAAUCACUCUUGAGGUCCCGUUUUGUUCCCAACAAAUGGACGCCAAUCAGUGCGGACUCUAUUCCAUAGCAUUCGCUGAGGCCUUGUGUGCGGGCGAAGAGGCGUCCGAUAUAUUGUUCACAAACAACGCAUACCUUUUGCGCCGACACUUGUAUUCCUGCCUCGAAAAGGGAGAAAUGAUGACCGAUAAGGACUGCACUGACAUAUCGGCGCCCAAUAGUGACCGCUAUGUCAUGAAGUGUGCGGAGAGAGCGGCCAAACGAAUGGCCAAUUUUACGGACGCCCUCACAGCCCAACCGACCAACUCUUCGGACACUAACACAACAUUCUUCGCCAGCUGUCAGUUCUGUAAGGCUUACACUUCAACCCCAGAACACAAACAGUGCUCUAAACUUGUAUACAAAGUCGGAAACUCUUUGGGACACAAAGUGGAGGCAGUGGUGCGAGACUGCGGAGGACUGGUCAGUGAGGGUCGGAUCGGUUGCUUUAAAGUGAGACACUCUGACAGUGCUCUUAAGUCGGAGAUCUGUCACUGCAAUCAACUUAAUUGCAACUCAAGUCACCGAAGAGUACAUCAAAACCACUUUUGGCUCAAUUAUCUGCUUUCGGCCGUCAUUUCAAUCAAUUUUAUCUUUAAUUUCGUCUAA